UAUUUUCUUCAUUCCUGGCUCCACCCACUUGUGUACAAGCUAAUCGAGAUAGAGGUCGAGAGAUGCAUCUGAAGGAGCUAUUGAACAGAUUCAAUGUUAGUCACUUCCUCUUUUAUUGUCUCCUGAUACUUCAAUUGGUAUUGAUUGGUCUGAGAGCUGAUGGUAUCAUAUCGGGUCCUUACUCCGCCCUAUUCUUCCCUCUCUGGCUAUGGAAUGUUUUAGUGGGCGUGGCAGUUGUAAUGGGCGUGGUUAGAUGGUGUAAGAGCAGCCGAGACUACAGAGAAGACAGUGAAUUGUUGUAUCAGUUCAAGUCAAUGUUACUCUCAGUUUUCUUUCAAUCCUUUAUCUUCAUCACUCUUCUACUGAUAGCAGUAAACAUUGAUACCUCCUCUAUGCCGUGGUCGGUCUCCCUCUCUCCUCUCUUCCUCCUACCAUUCUUCAGUAUCCCUUCCUGUCUCUGGAGCUGUUACCGGAAGAGAUCCUACGAAAUUGAAGUAAUGUCUAUGGCCUUUUUGUUGCAGUUCAUUUUUCUUGCAGUUCGAUUGGACGGAGCAGUGAACUGGGCGUGGUCUGUUGUGUUUAUUCCAAUAUGGCUGCUCUUCCUUGCAUAUUUAGCUGGUAUGAUUGUUAUGGGCGUGUCCACUGGUCUAGUAUAUCUUCUUGGUGAGAAUCAGCAGGAUCUUGAACAAAGGAAACUUCCAGACAUACUCUACUUUGUAUUCUCCUCAUUAUUGCUACUCUGUCUAAUUAUAUUCAUGAGUUUGCUCUCAAGUCGUUUGGAUAACAAUAUCACUGGUCCUUAUUCUGCCAUUUUGAUCCCACUCUACCUCUCCUUGUUCUGUCUCAUUGGUCUAUCCACCUGCAGGAAACCAACAAACGUUUGGUGGUUUGGUAUAAGAAAGAGUUUUUCAGAUUUCCUUCUCCUCUCCGUUCCUCUGCUACAAGAAUAUAUCAACGUCUCUUACUACAACAACCAACACACUGUCCUACCAACCAAAGACGAUGAAGACAAAAAUAAAAUAAAAAAGAAACCAGAAGAACCAGGUACUCUUGAUUGGCCGUACGAAGAUAUUUAUGCUCCGGAGUGAAAGUGGGUGUGGUCGUAGUUAAUUAAUUAAUUAUGAAAGCUUAACAAUAAAUAUUAUUUUUUAAUCAUUUUAUUUUCUCUCACUGUAAGUACAUCACUUUUUUAAUAAAGCCUUUCAAU